AUGAAAGCCAAGCAUGGUGAUUUAUUUGAUAAAGAGAGAGUAAGGAGUAAGCAAAAAAAUCUUCGGACUUUGUAUUGGGAUGUCAAUAAGCUCAUUGAGGUCUCUGGAUUUGGAUGGGACAAAACGAGAUGUUUGGUGACCGCUGAGACAAGCGUUUGGGAUGACUUCAUAACAGAAAUAAAUGGGCUUAAGAAGUAUCAUAACAAAUCCUUACCAGAUAUUGAUAGUCGUGGACAGAUAUUUGUGCCAGUUAGCACUGGCCCACCAGUUGAUGCAAACGAUUCUUCACUGCAAGGUGAAAUUGACGAGGAGGGUGAGGAGUCUUCUAAGAGGUCUCAAUCCCAAACUCCCAAUUCACGAUCAAAGAAGAAGAAGAGCUCCCCAUGUGAAGUAAUUGCAGAAGCUAUGGCAAUAGUGGCAGAAAGCAUGAGGAACUAUGCAAACACCCAAGCUAAAGCAUCCACAGCUCUUAAAAAGAAGUGCAUGGAACUUGUGAGUGACCUAUGUCUGAAUGGGGAGAGAGGAAAGGAUGAAAUCAUAAAGGCUUCCCAACUAUUCCAGAAUAGUGCUAAGGCUGAAAUGUUUAUGAUUCUGGAACCUGAAUACCGGACCCAGUAUUUGUGGGCAGAGUUGGAGGUUGAGAGAGGUGGUUGA